CGGGUGGAGCCGCUGGGCAAAGAACCGGAAACUUAAGAGACAAAGUUCGGAGCCCCGCCCCCCGCCGCGCUGCCCCGCCGUCAGACCCCGCGGACCCUCUACCGGACCGAUUCCCGCAACGACGAAUCUGCCCGGCUCUCGCGAGCGCCAUGUCGGGUUCCUCCAGCGUCGCCGCUAUGAAGAAAGUGGUUCAACAGCUCCGGCUGGAAGCCGGGCUCAACCGCGUGAAGGUUUCCCAGGCAGCUGCAGAUUUGAAACAAUUCUGUCUGCAGAAUGCUCAACACGAUCCCCUGCUGACUGGAGUAUCUUCAAGUACAAAUCCCUUCAGACCCCAGAAAGUCUGUUCCUUUUUGUAGUAAAACGAAUCUUUGGUUUUCUAAACCAUUUUUCAUGAACCAGUGCAUAUUCAAAGGAGAACUAAAUUUGGAGCCUGUAUGAAAGCUUAUCCCUAUAACACGUGCCAUACUAUAUAAACUUCUACUUUUGUCAGUCCUUAACAUCUACCUCUCUGAAUUUUCAUAAAUUUCUAUUUCACAAGGGUAAUUAUUUUAUAUACACUGGCAGCCACAUACAAUAAAAUACUUAGUGUAAAAGUU